UCAUUGAGACUAAUGAUGUGUUUAAAAACUGCAGUCCAACUAUCGUGCUGGUACAGUAAGUAAAUAUUGGCAGUAGUGAACACACAUUGAAAGUUGAAACGUACUUCUCGUAUACCAUGGUGACAUUACUAGACUCUAUUACCAAUUACUACAAUGAUUACUUUAUCGAACGAAGAGAUGGACGAAGUGCACAUCUUCCCUUGGUCGGUUCACCUGUACUCAUCGUAGGCAUUGUUUUUGCUUAUUUAUACUUUGUACUCCGAUAUGGACCUCGCCAUAUGGUUAACCGUAAGCCGUACAAUGUCCUAAAAAUGAUUAAGGUUUACAAUUUGUUUCAAAUGGCGGCAAACGUUACACUGUUCCUACGUAUUUGCUAUAACGUUUUUCUUUUAUAUGAACACUUUUCCUUUCGUUGUCAACCAAUCGACUACUCCAAGUCCCGUGUAGGAAUGGAUGAAGUUUACUUCAGUUACGCUUAUUUCUUAUUGAAACUCGCCGACCUGGCAGACACCGUAUUUUUCGUGUUACGAAAGAAACAGUCCCACGUUUCAUUUUUGCAUGUGUAUCAUCACUCAUUCAUGGUAUUAACGACAUACUGCGCUUUAGUAUUCGUUCCGGGAGGCCAUGUGCUACUGCUCGGGUUGUGGAACACGCUGGUGCAUGCGAUAAUGUAUUUUUACUAUUUUCUUACCUCACUGGGUGCACACAAUAAUAGCAUAUGGUGGAAAAAAUAUCUUACCCGUUUGCAGCUGAUGCAGUUCUUACACUUGGCUUUCCAUUUUGGACGCCCUUUGUUCGAUGGAAAUUGCAACUUUCCAACGUUUUGGCUGUGGUACGGAUUUUUACAGGCAAUCAUUGUGCUCGGGUUAUUUUUAGACUUUUACAUUAAGACAUACAAAUACCAGGAUAAAAACGAACUCGCCCAGAAGAAAGCAUGAAGAGGAAAAGGUGAUAAGCAGGAAAUAUUUACCCUAAUUAAAAAAAAGAUUGCACUAAAAUAAACAUUAUUUAAUUAAAUUAACAAUGGUUUUUGGUCUAUUUACCACAUAACAUAACGGGUACGUAUUUUUCAGAACGCUUUUCCAGCAUUAUUACACCACAUUUAACCCAUUUUGUAUAUUUUUUUAUUUGCAAUAAAUCAAUUCCAGUUUUCCGUUUAUCAUAAUAAAAAAGGGUAACCUUAAUUAUGUCAAUUACUGUAUUGUCAAUUGUUGCAACCAUUGAACGUAAAUUAAUUAUCGUUUUGGUUCAUAUCUAUCACAAGAGAGACAAGUUAUCACAAGAACAUCCAUUUCUUGUUAUCACAAGUAAACACGAUAUUUUUAGCCAUUCAUCAGCUGACGAGUUCAAGUACUUACAUUGUGUUGAUCGCGUUCGGCUUGAAAGGUUCCUUUUCUUUUGAUAUUAGGCUGCUAGAGAAAGAGCACGGCACGAGCACGAUGAGUACCGAACAUUAUCAAUUCGUAAUCCUAGGUGGUGGAAUAAAUGGGCUAUCGUGUGCAAUUCGUUUGUCGAACGAAUUUCCUUGUUCAACGAUACAAAUUAUAAGUGAUAAUUUUAGUCCAAACACAACUAGUGACGUUGCAGCUGGUUUAUGGGGACCGUACGCUUUGGGAGGAACAUCCACCACUGAAUGCCGACGAUGGGCUCAACAAACGCACGACUACUUCCUGCAAUUGUGGCGCGGAGGGUAUGCUGAUCGGUGUGGUAUUUGUUUGGUGCCAGUACUAGAGCUUUACGAAACGGAUACAACCGUUCCUUGGUGGCAUGAUAUCGUGUUUGGAUUUAGCAAAACAAAGUUUUUGAAACCAGAUGAUACGAACAAUCAUCAGGAUAGUUUUUACACUGCAUUUUCAUACAUAACUUUUACGUGCGAACCAUCAAAAAUAAUGAAACACUAUCGUGAAGUCUUGUCCACUCGCAAUGUUACGUUACGCCAGGAACAUUUAACCAGUCUCCGUAGUUUGGAAAACAUGAUCAUUCACCCGAACGCAAUUAUUAUCAAUUGUCUAGGGCUGGGUUCCCAGUCCGUUUUUAAAGAUGCCGAUUUAUUUCCACUCCGUGGCCAAGUACAGAAAGUAAAAGCAGAAUUCGUAUUUCAUUCAUACGCUAACGAAUCGUGCUACAUAAUUCCCAACACGGACACAGUAAUUUUAGGCGGAACUAAGCAAAAACAUCACAAUCUACAAGUUAACCCAAUUGAUCGGUAUGACAUAAGAGCGCAAUGUCUCACCGUUCUUCCUGCAUUAAGAAGUGCAGUAAACGUGAAGGACUUUGUUGGAUUACGUCCAGUUAGAUCAUCUGGUGUACGCUUGGAAGUAGAUCAUGCAGUGUUUGCUAAUGGAGAGAUUCAUGUAAUAAUCCACAACUAUGGACACGGUGGAGCUGGAAUUACACUCGCGUGGGGUUGUGCUGGCGAGGUUACACGUUUUGUACAAGAAUAUGGUGUAGACACGUCAAAAUGUAUGUAUCACAAGUUAUAGAAAAGCGUAACGACACUGCCCCGCCUGUACCUUUGGAAUGGAAUGUUUCAUGAUGGUUAGAAAAGGAGUGCAUUAGUAGUCCAACGAUUUUUCAAGAGAAAAAAUAUCCAGAAUGUUAUUUGCUCUAAAACUAAAACUCAGGAGCAAGCAAUACGGUCAGGCCGAUCUUUAUGAAUAAAAAAAAACUCAGGAGCACAUAUAGUUAUAUUCGGACUGCAUUUGACUCAAAUAAAUUUCAUUGAACGCAA